CAGACGAGCAGGAGACAUGGAGCACACUGAAAUGGUAAAGCCUGAGACGUUGGCGGAUCUGAUUGCAAUUCUUCACCGAAUUUUCGAAAGUGACAGUGUCAAUGUUGAGGAGGUGCAAAGUAUUAUGGAGGCGUACGAAAGUAAACCACAGGAUUGGAGGAAAUUUGCAAAAUUUGACCAAUACAGGUACACCAGGAAUCUCGUCGAUGAAGGCAACAGCAAAUUUAACCUUAUGAUUCUGUGUUGGGGUGAAGGGCAUGGCAGUAGUAUCCAUGACCAUUCAGACUCACACUGCUUCCUGAAGCUUCUGCAAGGUCAGCUAAAAGAGACUCUGUUUGAAUGGCCUGAUAGUAAAGCACAUGGUGACAUGGUCCAGAAAUCUCAGCGCAUCUUGCAGGAAAACCAGUGCGCUUAUAUUAAUGAUUCCAUCGGUCUGCACCGGGUAGAAAACGUCAGUCACACGGAAUGUGCAGUCAGUCUGCACUUGUACAGUCCACCUUUCCAGUGUUGCCAAACAUUCGACCAGCGAACAGGACAUAAAAAUACAGUCAAAAUGACGUUCUGGAGUAAAUUUGGCAAGAAGACACCAAUUGAAACUACAGUCUCACAAGAAAAUAAUUGAGACUGGGAAGACAAAUGUUUACCUUUACAAAUUCAGACGUGAUUAACACAGAAAAGGUGACAUUAUAUUUUUAUAAUAUAUGAAUUAUGAUUUAAUACUUAGUAAAUUUGCAAAGGACAUUUUGAAUAGGGACUCUGUAAUUCAAAAGGUUUUGUCAUGACCCAGUGUAAUCUUGGCAAGUGCUGCUGAACACAUACUGAGGGGCCUGAAUAACAGACUGUGGCUGGCCUGCCUCAGCAGUCUGUUCUUUGUUCACUAGGUUUGAGAAAAGCCCUUCCUAACAGCAUUCCCAAGCGUCUUUAACCUGUAUAAUCAUACUUUUGUACUGUUACUGGGCCUGACUUUGGUUUGCCUAAAGAUGUAAUUUGUAAGUUUUCUAUUGUGGUCACAAGAAAAAGGAAUUACCUAAAACGGCCAUUUAUAAAUUUUACACCUUUAUGUAAAAUGGAGCACUUUCUUUUAUUGAUGUGUUAAUUUCGAUGUAAACUGGCAUGGUUUAUAAUCUAAACUUUGUAACAUAACACCAUUUUUUUAUACAUUUCAUUGUCAGUAAACUUCAUAUGGAACAUUUCAUGUUAAGAGGAACAAAAGGGUAGUGAUUAUAUUUAGUAUUUUAAGCAUAUAUGUAUUAUUUAAUAUUGAAAUUAAGUCUUAAAUAACAAUGAUUUUUAAGGCAAACAUAGAGUAAUAAUUACGUUGCACAGUAAAUAAUACUUGUUCAAGUUAUAAAUAUGGAAGUAUUUAUAGAUUUGAAUAGUUUGACCAGCAUUUUCUAGUGACACUGCUUCUUCCACCGAUCAAACAUUAGGAUGAUUUGCUCUAACUAUACAUUUUUUUAAAAACAUUGCUGUAAAAUGUUUACAAUCAUUUUUGUCUGUCCUGUAAAAUAAAUUCUUUGUUCAUCCUA